UGCGGCCCUGCAACACUCACGAUCGCCCUUGCCCCUCAUCUCAUCACUCUCCGUUGCUCCUGCCCUGCCGACCCCAGCGCCGGCCAUCUCUGGAUCUGCAUAUCGCAAUGUCGGAUAACAAACAGACGCUCUUGAGCCUGCUCAAGCUCGAGGGCAACAAGACCUGCAUCGAUUGCGGGGCCUUCUAUCCCCAGUGGGCCUCCGUCACCCACGGCAUCUUCUUUUGCUUGGACUGUUCGGGCGUCCACCGCUCGCUCGGCACACACAUUUCGUUUGUCCGCUCCGUCUCGAUGGACAAAUGGUCGGACGAGCAGGUCAAGCGAAUGCAGCUUGGUGGAAACAAGAAAGCCCUAGACUUUUUCAAAUCUCAUCCAGACUGGCACGAGGACAUGACGAUUCAGGAAAAAUAUCAAAGUGAAUUUGCCCGAGCUUACAAAGAAAAGCUGACCGCCGAUGUAGAAGGAAGAGCAUUCAAAAUGCCUCCGCGAUCGAGCACGCCCAGCUCAACCACGGCAAGAUCGACCACUCCCCGCUCAAAUGCGACCUUAUUUUCUGACACCCGAGGCAACUCGUCCCCCCAAGCCACGACCUUUAACCAGAGCAGCUUUGGUAAUGAUCCAAAUGACAGAAAGGCAAAGGUCGAUGAGGACUACUUCAAGAGACUCGGAAAUACAAACGAAUCGCGAUCUGCAAACCUGCCCCCAAGUCAGGGCGGCCGAUAUGUUGGAUUCGGAAACUCUAGCUAUGCCCCCACUCCUUCUCGUAACAAUGCCGAUAUACUGGCCGAUCCUAUGUCCACGCUUUCAAUGGGGUGGUCCUUUUUCAGCUCCACCGCUCAGACAGCUGUUGGUGCGCUUGGCGUUGCCGCCGCUGAGGGUACAAAAAUGGCCCUUUCGAGCGCCGAGACUCUCGGCCAAACUCUGACUGAAAAGGUGAUUCGCCCAACCACUGAUGCAAUCCGAGACCCUACUUUCAGCGAAAACAUUUCCGCCUAUGCAUCCACUCUCCAGCGCCAGGUUACGGAGGGCGGAAGCAAAGGUGUGUCAUUCAUUUCCGGGUUUGUCCAAUCCAAGGCCACGGGCCCCGGCGACAGCAAGUACACCGGGUUUGGAUCCGAAAGCAAGUUUGCCUCAUAUGGAUCCACACCUAGCACCCAUAACCCCACGGAUGAUCAUGGCGACGACUUUGACGACUUCUGGAGCCGAGGAGACCAGUAUGAUCGGAACAAUGGCUCUCAUUUUGACCAGCAGCCUCAUCAGGGAGACGAGGAUACAUCCCUCAGUCAACAUUACUCGCAGCCUCAUCAAAACGACCAAUACGAAGAAUCGGUCGUUGAUGAUGUCUACCAGAGCGAAAUCCAACCUCAAGUUGUCUCGAAAAAGGCCGCCACCACCGCCGCCAGGUCACGGAGCUCUCAGGCGGCCAGCAAAAAAUCGGACUGGGAGGAUGACUGGGACAAUUGGAAUUGAUUCCGUGCGCAACAUGGUUGAUCGGCCGGGAUGAUGCACGGGCCCGCGGUGGGACGCUGAUGGGUAGCCGAGGCGACUGAUGGAAAUACGAUCCCCCCUCAAAACUGCCCUUUCUUUACCCAUCAUACACAUGCUCUUCAGACAGCUGAUCGACUUGAGGCCCGUCGUCCUUGCUAAUAACCAGGAUUGGACUGGUCCUCUUGUCCAUUUGGCCACUCGCCGGGACAUUCCAAGUCGGGUCCCUGACAGACCCCAGCAGGACUGCAUCGGCAGAUAC